CGGAGCGGUUCUCGACGCAUGCGUAUAAUGUUACAUCAAAAUUGGAGGCCACUUUUUUAAACAAGUUAGCAGUCUAGUAGUAUAUAUAAAAGUUUGUGGUCGAGCGUCAGUAGGAAAAGGCACCUUAAGUACGUGAAAACAUGAACGGAUUCUAGUAACCUCCGAUGGCCAUGAUGGUAGGAAAUUAAGAAUCUAGAAAUGAGGCACCGAUGACCGAAUUGAACAUGGUAUUAGAAUUGAUGCUUUGAUAUGAGUAAUGAAGGUAAUCAAGUCUUAUUAGUACAAAAAAGUAAAGGAGACCGUAAGACUAAUGAAGCUGAUUUGAUCGAAAUGACAUCUGAUUGUAAUGCAACUGAUAUAUAUACAAUUAAAAUAUCCUGCCUAUAUCAAUCUCCCAUGAAUCAACUGUGAGAAUCUUUAUCUCUUAAUCCACAUAAUAAAAUUAAAAGUUAAGCAAAGAGUAUCUUAAAUUAAUAUAUCUUGACUGAAGAGAUAUCUUCUAUAAAAAUAACAGUAUUUUUCUUAAAGACAAAAAUUGCUUUGCAAAAAUGGUGACAGAACUAUCAGAUGAAUCUUCAAAAGAGAUGCAACAAAUAAAUUCAGAACGAAAGAUUCAUUCGUUUGAUGAAGAAUUCAUUCCAUCUGAUAAUCAGCAAAAACCGAUGAACAAGGUACAAAUGAAAAAGCAAUUAGGCCUUUUGGAAGGUGUAGCUAUCAUAUUGGGAAUUAUAUUUGGCUCAGGCAUCUUUAUUUCACCAAAGGGAGUAAUACAAGAAGUAGGUAGUGUAGGAUUAUCUCUGAUUAUAUGGGUGCUAUGUGGCCUGCUCUCUAUGGUAGGUGCCUUAUGUUAUGCAGAAUUGGGUACUAGCAUACCUCGCAGUGGUGGUGAUUAUGCUUAUAUUCAUGAAGCUUUUGGCGCAUUGCCUUCAUUUCUAUAUUUAUGGGCUGCUAAUUUAAUUUUUGUACCUACAACAAACGCUAUCAUGGGAUUGACAUUUGCUCAGUAUGUUGUACAACCAUUUUUUCUUAAUUGCGACACUCCGGUUUAUAGUGUGCGAUUAAUCGCUGCAUUGAGUAUAUGUUUCCUCACUUUCAUCAAUUGUUAUGACGUAAAAGAGACAUCAAAAAUGCAGAAUGUAUUUAUGUUUGCUAAAAUUGGGGCAUUAAUGAUUAUUAUUAUAGCUGGAUUAAUCUGGCUUUGCAUAGGACACAAAGAAAACUUCGAAAAUAGUUUCGAAAACACGAAUACCGAUCCUGGAAAAAUCGCUGUAGCUUUUUACUCUGGCAUAUUUUCUUAUUCAGGAUGGAAUUAUUUGAAUUUUAUGACGGAAGAACUAAAAAAUCCUUAUGUAAAUUUACCACGUGCAAUUUACAUAUCACUGCCGUUAGUGACCUUCAUAUAUGUUAUGGCAAAUGUUGCUUAUCUGACCGUUUUAACUCCGACUGCUAUGAUGGCUUCCAAUGCUAUCGCUGUGACUUUUGGAAAUCAACUUCUCGGAUAUAUGGCUUGGAUAAUACCUGUAAUGGUAGCUGUAUCCGCUUUUGGUGGAUUGAGCGUUCAUAUUAUGACAUCAUCCAGAAUGUGCUUUGUCGGUGCCAGAAAUGGUCAUUUUCCCUCGAUGUUGAGUCACAUCAAUAUGACCAGAGUCACACCUAUGCCUGCCUUAAUAUUUCUGUGUAUUCUAUCCCUCAUAAUGUUAUGCACGGGUGAUAUAUUUGUACUGAUUACAUAUUGCAGUAUAGUAGAAUCAUUCUUCAUUAUGAUUUCGGUAGCUGGAAUUUUAUGGCUGCGUUAUAAAAGACCCAAUAUGAAACGACCAAUCAAGAUACCAUUAUGGAUACCUAUAUUGUUCGUAGCAUUAUGUGCUUUUCUGGUUAUUGUACCAUGCUACCAAAGACCAUAUGAAGUUGGUAUGGGCAUUCUGAUCACUGUAUCUGGUAUACCCGCAUAUGUCUUCGGUGUUGCUUGGAAAAGCAAACCAUUGUGGUUCCAAAAAGUUAACAUUAAAGCUACUCACGCUAUACAGAAAUUAUUUCUGUCUGCAAAGGAAGAACUUGAAAUCAAUUAAAUAAAUGGCAAUUCUACUUCAUCAUUCAAUAUAAUUGAAUUCAAUUCAAUCGAAUACGAUGUUAUACAUUUGCCAAAUUACUUUGAGAUUUCAGAAAAAGAAAUUAUGAUUUUACAUGUAGGAAUCAAAAAUUAAAAAAUAUCAAUAAUCUAAAAAAAGGCAAGAACAUAUAAUUUCAAAGGAUAAUGGAUAUAACUACAGAGAAUCCCAAAGGUAUUUAUUAUACUUAUCUAAAAAUUACAUAAUAGUAUAAUGAAAAGAAAGAUUAAUGAUUG